AGAAAAAUGGCAAGAAGAAGGAGGUCGUGAAGUGCGCACCAUGCGUAUGUGAUACGCUACUCAUGCUUAGAAAGACUAGAAUACGCAAUGCAAGAGCUUCGUUACUUCUGGUGGCUAAAGUCUGGGAAUCUCCGCCAGGCGGCAACUGGUAGAGCAUCAAAACACUGACUUCAUCGUCGAAAAAGCGUUUGCGCGUACGUUUUUUUCUCAUUUCUUAUCGGAUUCUGAAUCAAUUAGUUCAUCAAUAACAGUAACUCAUCAUUAAUCAAAGGAGGAGGGGCAACCGCUAUGGCUAUUAGAUUUUGGCAGAAUUUAAGAGUUGGUGCUCUUCUUCUCGCUUCGUUCAUCCUUUGUAUCUUUCCUGGAGUUUUUUCUGCAGGAGUUGUUACACUCAAGUCCAUCCAGAUUAAUAAUACCCAUGAAUGGUUUAAUGCCAAACCAACUGUUUAUUUUCAUUGUAAAGGAGAGAACAAGACAAUUUUGCCAGAUGUGAAGAAAGCACAUGUUGUAUAUACUUUCAAGGGUGAAGAAUCUUUUCAGCCUCUGACAGAGCUUCCUGAUGAGAAAUGCAAAAGGUGUGGAUUGUAUGAGAUGGAUACCCUGACAUCAGAUGACGUUUUCGAUGAGUGGGAGUUUUGUUCUUCUGAUUUUAUAGAUCCCGACGGUAACUAUGUGCGUUUCAAGGACAAUGAAUUCAAUGCCACAUUUUUGUGCCCUCAGUGUCUAAACAGUUCUGAUCAUGCAUCUGGUUCAAAUAAUGGAGCAAAUACAGGGAAGAAAAUGAAUGUGCUUUUGGUGAUUCUAAUCUGUGCAGUAGUUACAACUGUAUCAAUUCUUGGAGUGGUAGCUGGUUAUAGAUAUUGGCAGCGGAGGAAGAGGGAGCAGGAUCAGGCUCGGUUUCUAAAGCUGUUUGAAGAGGGUGAUGGCAUUUUCUUUGACGAAAAAGAUGGUGAUGACGUUGAAGAUGGAUUUAGUCUCAGACAAGAGCUAUGAGGAUGAUUACUUUGUGUCAUAUUGCUCGAAUCCACUCCCUCCCACAUGUAUAUUUGUAGUUGUGCAUAAAUGAUUUUAGCUGUAGUUUCUGUACACACAUUUUUUGUAAUGUAUACAAAAGAGCAAAUGUGUUUUUGGAA